AUGGCUACAGAGACACUACAUACAAGUUCGCAGAACGAAAAGCAAGCAACUACUACGGAACUCUCAGACAGGACUAGCAGCGAGGGGCAAUCAUCCCUUCAGAAGCCCAGUGAUGUCGAGCCUACCGAUUCUAGCCAACCCACUGGUCUUCUGAAAAUGGAGGCAAUCACUGUCGUUUGGACUAAAGAUUGGCUGAUAGCCGCUUACGUCCUAAUGUGGCUCAUCUCCUUUACAAAUAUUCUACAGCAGCAGGCAAACUAUUCCUGGACCCCAUACGUUACUAGCGAGUUCUUGCUUCAUGGCUUGACCGGCAUAACGGGUAUUGUGGCUGGUCUGGUCGGUGGAGUUUCGAAACUCCCUCUUGCAAAGUUCAUCGAUAUUGUUGGCAGACCGCACGGAUUUCUGCUGUGCUUGGUUUGCAUUGUUUUGUCAUUGAUACUCAAGGCUAUGAGUAAGAACGUGCAAACCUACGUUGCAGCGCAGGUGUUCUACUGGGCUGGUAUGAAUGGCGUUGAUUACGUGCUCGACGUUUUCGUCGCGGAUACCUCGAAAAUGAAGAAUCGAGGUAUUUUGUGGGCUUUAAAUAGCACGCCGUAUAUAUGCAACACGUUCGCUGGUCCAGAAUUGGGCCAGAGGUUUUUAGACAACAGUACUUGGAAAUGGGGCUAUGGUGCUUUUGCUAUCAUCACCCCAUUCAUGUGCAUUCUAUUCUGGUCCAUCUUCUACCUAAUGUCGAGAAGGGCGAAGACGCUCAAGGUCAUCGUUCGACAGCCGUCCGGCAGAACUAUCCUCAAAUCUAUCAAGCAUUGGUGUAUCGAGUUUGAUGUUACUGGUCUCCUCCUCAUUUGUGGUGGUUUUUCGAUCCUCCUGCUUCCAUUCAGCUUGUCCGCAUACCAGAAAGAUGGAUGGGCAUCGUCCUCGGUCAUUUGCAUGGUCGUGUUCAGUAUCAUCUGCCUGAUACUGUUCGCCAUCUGGGAGAAGUUCUUCGCACCUCGGACAUUCUUCUUAUUCUACCUAAUGAAGAAUCCAGCCGUGGUAGCUGCUUGCUUGCUCGGAGCGAAUACAUGGAUUGUGUUCUAUUCGUACAAGAUGUACUACAGUUCAUAUCUCCAAGUUGUCUUUCAGCUAUCUGUCGCGAAGGCAGGAUAUAUCACGAACGUCUUUAAUAUUGUUUCUUGCGCCUGGGGUGUCAUCAUCACAUUUGCAUUCAAAUAUUCGGAUAGGUUCAAAUGGGGCGCAGUUAUCGGAAUGCCCCUCCAGAUUCUCAUGACUGGGCUCCUGAUCCCAUUCCGACGACCAAAUACCCCAAUUGGCCUUUUGGUCAUGAUUGAAGUCAUCGGAUCGAUAUCGAGCGGCACGCUCGUGAUGGUUGAACAGCUUUCCGUCAUGUCGGCCGUUCCGCACGAAAAUAUUGCUGUCGGUCUUGCAAUCCUUUCAAUGAUUACAUCAAUUGGAGGAUCGAUUGGACAGGCGAUAUCUGCUGCCAUUUGGACGCAAGUCGUACAGAAGAAGAUGUACGAAUACAUGCCAGAUAAUAUGGGAGAUCAGACACCGUUGAUAUGUGGUAGUCUCCCAAAUCAACUUGCACUCUCAUGGGACUCGCCCGCAAGGCAGGCCGUAGUGAGAGCAUACGGAGAUGCGCAGAGAAUCAUGGUCAUUGUGGGAACUUGUGUCCUUGUUCCAUGUCUUCUCUGGGUAUACAUGCUCAAGAACUAUUCACUUUCCGAACACAAGGACAGAAAGGGGAUUUUGAUGUAG